AAAAUAAUAAAUUUAUCGCUUCUUAGUAAUAAUUUCUAUCCAGCGAUAUCAUCUACCGACGAAUUCAAAAAGAAAACGACGAAUUAUACACGGUUUGGUCACUCGUUAUGGUCCGCAAAUCAGUUGCCAACGCAAAGAGUUAACCUCUUACGCAAAAUAAUAAAUUUAUCGCUUCUUAGUAAUAAUUUCUAUCCAGCGAUAUCAUCUACCGACGAAUUCAAAAAGAAAACGACGAAUUAUUGUAUACGAUUUGGUCACUCGUUAUGGUCCGCGCAA